GCCGCCGCCAUUUUGGUGGGGCCGGGAGUUAUCCAGCGGGAGCGGCGGCGGCGGAGCUCGCUGGGCCCGGCUCGGAGGUGGCGGCGAGUGGGUGCCCGCUGCGGAGAUGGCCAACAUCGCGGUGCAGAGGAUCAAGCGGGAGUUCAAGGAGGUGCUGAAGAGCGAGGAGACGAGCAAAAAUCAAAUUAAAGUAGAUCUUGUAGAUGAGAAUUUUACAGAAUUAAGAGGAGAAAUAGCAGGACCUCCGGAUACACCGUAUGAAGGUGGAAGAUAUCAACUAGAGAUAAAAAUUCCAGAAACAUAUCCAUUUAAUCCUCCUAAGGUGCGGUUUAUCACCAAAAUAUGGCAUCCUAAUAUUAGCUCAGUUACUGGGGCCAUUUGUUUGGAUAUUCUGAAAGAUCAAUGGGCAGCAGCAAUGACUCUAAGAACAGUGUUGUUAUCUCUGCAAGCAUUGUUGGCUGCUGCAGAACCAGACGAUCCGCAAGACGCAGUAGUGGCAAACCAGUACAAACAAAAUCCAGAAAUGUUUAAACAGACAGCUCGACUUUGGGCACAUGUGUAUGCUGGAGCACCAGUUUCUAGUCCAGAAUACACCAGAAAAAUAGAAAACCUUUGUGCUAUGGGCUUUGAUAGGAAUGCAGUAAUAGUGGCCUUGUCUUCAAAAUCAUGGGAUGUAGAGACUGCAACAGAAUUACUCCUGAGUAACUGAACCAUGUAGAGAGCUGCUUCGGUUGUCCAGCUUGCCCCUUCGGAGGAGCAUCACCAUCUGUUAUUUUUAGGAUUCUAUAUAGAUUCUCUUUUAAAACUGGCACUCUUGCCUGAUGAUGCUAUCUAGGCACGAUUGGAGACUGAAAAACCGCUCUGUAAAUAAAGCUAAUUAAACGUCUGUGUAAAUUUAAAAAGGGGAAAUACUUUAAUUUUUUUCUUACUAAAUAUUGUAAAAAUUCUUUGAGCUCAGCUAAAAUAAGGGGGGGGAAAACAUGCCUACUUUCGUGUUUAGCAGUGUGACGAAAACUAGCAGGAACUUUCUUCAGGAUUUUGAUUUAGUAAUUCAGAAAGCCACAUUUUUGAGUGUUAGUCAUCAAAAUUGUUGGUGCUGCUCAUCACAGCUAUCUUACUGUUCUUAACAUGGAUCCUAUGUGCCUGUGGAUUGACCUAUAUUUGCAUGCUUGUACUUAAUAGACGUAUUAGGUAGGGGCGCUGAAGAGAGCACCAUUUAAAUACUCGAGUGUUCCUGUUUUCCUGAAAGACUUUAAAAGAUUUCCCAAAGUUCCAAAUGGUGACCUGUUCAGAACCUUUUUCUUCGUAGCUUAUUAACUGGGGAACCGGAUUCUCUUCUCCCUUAUGUCAUACAGCUAAGAACCCUCCCUAGAUGAUUCUUCAUUCUGUUGGUAUUGUGUGCCAUGUAUGGUAGUCUAGGCUCGCCUAUGAAGAACAUAUUUUGAAUUAUCAGUGAUUUUCAUCCAUCGUAUUUUCUACACACUAGUAAGGGUUUAGUAUGCCUUGAUAUAGCACAAGAAUGGAGCUGGUUUUCUUUUCUUUUUUUUUUCUUUUUGUCUUAAAUGGAUGUAAAAUGUUCUUCAAUAUAUCUUGGGUAAUAUGACUUCACUGGAUUUGAAGGAGGAAAAAGCUAAUUCUCUGGCAUACUGAGAAUUAUAUUUUCUUUUGAGUGCUUGAUAUGAUGCAAUCAGCUGUUUUUGCAGCAGUUUCCUAGCUUUAUUUUGGGCUUCAGUUUAAGGAUUGCUUUCCAGGUACUUGAAAACUCAUCCUUGCUUGCGUUUUUCUCUAGUUGACACAUGGAGGCUGUGUUGGUGUUUUUACUGUACAUACUUCAAAUGCACAUAGAAGUUUGUUCUCAAUUUAGCUUUCUUUUGGAUUGAUGUUUCUGAUAAACGAGAACUGAAACUUACCUUGGCUUGUACAUACAGUCAGUCGUCUUAUUCGUAUUAAAAUGACAUUUCAUCCUGA